AUGUCAACAAUUGAAGACGAACAACUACAACAUAUUCAAGAAAACCAACCACAGCCAGAACAAGCUGGAGAAAAUGAGGAACGGUCGGAAAAUCAAUUACUGGAGUCACCAGAGGAAGGUCCGGAGAAGGGAUCAGUUGACGAAUCAGCAGUAGUAAAAGUAGAAGAAGAAGAACCAAAAUCAAAAGCAAAAAAAGCUAAAAAGAAAUCAGUUGGAUUUGCUCCACCUCCAGAAGAAGACCUUAAAGAACAUCAUAAGAUCAUUAAACAAAAGGAAGAAAUGAGAGCUAAAUCACAUCCAUUCCAUAAGAUUCCACCAGAAUUAGCUUAUUUGGAAAAAAGGAAUCGUACCCUUGAUCCAAAGCCUAUUGACAAACCAGCACCACCACCAUCAGCUCGUCCAAGUACAACUACUCCUGUAUCAUCUUAUUUGCCUCCUUUAAGCAAAUUGAAGUUUUUUGAUAUCAAGCAUUUAUCUGUACAAAAUAGUGAAACUGAACUUCAUUUCCAAUAUAGUCAAAUUAAUUUACCACCUUCUAAUGAUUCAAUCAUAGUUGAUAUGAAGUAUGGUGGACUUAAUAGCAUUGAUGUGGCCAAGAUCCAUCGUUACCGUUUGAAUCUCAGUAAUGUCAAAGUGGGUCUUGGAUACGAAUUUUCUGGGGUUGUCACUAAUGUGGGGGCCAAUUAUACGUCUAAAUUUGCUGAAGGUGAUGUGGUUUAUGGAUUAGUUGAGGUUUCUUCAAGAAGAGGUGCAUUGAGUAGUAGUCAGAUUAUUUAUCCAAGUCGUGAUGUUGUUAUUAAAAUCGAUCAGGAAAAAUUGGACAAACUCGAUGAAAUGAAUAUUGAUAUCACUAAUAUGGAUUCUCAUGAAUCCUUUCAAGUUGGAGAAGAUGCUGAAGAUGAUGGUGCAUCUACCAAUGAUAGUCAGAACUCGACCGGGUCUGCAAAAGAUGUUCCAGCAUUGGCCAAAUUGUGUUCUUUUCCUUUGCUUUAUAAUUGUGCCAAACAGCUUCUUAAAUACUUAAAAAUCAAAAACAAUCAAGCAAAUAUAUUGAUAAACGGUGGUGAUACAAAUAUUGGUUUAACUAUAAUUCAAUUACUUUUAGGAAGCUACAACUUGGAUUAUUUGAAUUUAAUUGUUAUUGUUAGAGAUCAUACUCAGGCACAUAUGGAGAAGCUUAUUGAACAAUUACAAGAGAAAUUCAAAGAUCCUGCUAGCAUAAAGAGAGUUAGAUGUAUUAGUUUUGAUUCAGUUAAUGAAGAAUUGGUUUUCCCUGCUGAAGUUGUCCUGACGACUUACAAAAAGAAGGACUUUUUUGCCAGUGAAGUAAUUGAUGCUCUAUUGGUACCACAAGUUUCCCAAGAAAAGAUCAAUGAAAAGAAUAUCAAUAGCUAUAAAUUAGACAUGAUAAUUGAUUUGAUUGGGUGUAAGAAAUUUUUCCAAACAACGUCGACAAAAAUUGAUACCAUUGAUUCUAUUCAUAUGCCAUUUAAGGAUAACAUUACUUGUUCUGUUGGUAAAUUAUUUAAUGGUAAUGUAAAAGAACCAUUUUUGAAACGAAUUUUGAAACCUAAAUCAUUUGGAAGUUGUUUAGUUUCUGGUUGUAAUUUCUACAUGGAGGAGCCAAGUUAUGAUAGUCAUAGAUUUAUUGAAAGUACUACAUUGUGGACAAAUUCAUGGGUAAGUAACUAUUGGAGUACUUAUAAUUAUUAUGAUAUGAAUGUAUGGGGUCAACGCUGGAAGAGUGACUACACCGAAGAAGGUUUACAAAUGGUUCUUGAAGGUAAAUUAAAAUUCAAAGUUGAUGAAUAUACUGAUUGGAAAAACUACAAACGAACUGAUGUCAAAAAAAAAGAUGCUAAAAUCAUUGUCAAAGUUGAAGAUUUUUAA